ACUGCACAUAUUCUGCUCAGCUGCAGCUGCUACUGACACUACGAAGGUGAACAAAGUUCAGCACAAAGUGGUCCUAAAUGAUCUCAGAAUGGAGUCGAGUGGAAAACCUUCAACGGCACAGAUUGUGGUUUUAGCCACCAGCUCUGCGCUGACUGCUGUAUUUUACUCCAUCUACAGAAACAGAGUUAAAAUUGCUUCCUGUUUAAAGGAAGCCAAGAAAGUCUCCAUAGAUCAGGAUUUAAAAGCCAUCCUGUCUGAAACCCCCGGAAGAUGUUUCCCCUAUGCUGUCAUAGAAGGUGAGGUGAGAUCCGUGAAGGAGACUCUCAGCAGCCAGUUCGUUGAUAACUGCAAAGGAGUCAUCGAGAGGCUGACUGUGAAGGAGGAAAAGAUGGUGUGGAAUCGCACCACACACUUAUGGAAUAGCACAGAGAAAGUCAUCCAUCAGCGCACCAACGCCGUCCCAUUUGCACUCGGGUCUCACGAUGCAGACAUCACCACCACUGUGCGGGUUGUUCGUCCCCUAGAUGCAGCGGAGUUGGACCUGGAAACCACCUAUGAGAACUUCCACCCCACAGUCCAGUCCCUGUCCAACGUCAUCGGCCACUUCAUCAGCGGAGAACGACCAAAAGGGAUCCACGAGACGGAGGAGAUGCUGCGAGUUGGCGACAGCGUGACGGGAGUGGGAGAACUGGUACUGGAUAACAACCUGAUCAAGCUGCAGCCACCGAAACAGGGCUUCUGCUAUUUCCUCACCCGGCAGGACUACGCGUCUCUCCUGAGGAAGCAGGUAAACGGCGUCAGGGUGUGGAGGAUCCUGGCCCUCGUGUUUGGACUCGCCACCUGCUCCACUCUCCUCUUCAUGCUCUGGAAGUGGUACGUUCUCCGCAGGGAGAGCAGGAAGAAGAAGAGCAUCCUGGAGGAGUUCAAGGAGCAGCAGAGGAAGCGUAUGCGUGAACUCCAGAUGGAGGAAAGCAGCGUUCCUCCCACCAGCUGCAGCGUGUGUCUGAGCCGGGAGCGCUGCUGCGUGUUCCUGGAGUGUGGUCACGUGUGUUCCUGCGGCCCGUGCUACGAGGCGCUGCCAGAGCCGAAGAAAUGUCCCAUCUGCAGGGCGACUAUCGACAGAGUGGUGCCUCUUUACAACAGUUAAAUCACUUGAUCCUGAAUGUUGGUCUGGAUUUCUCAGGCCUGAGAGGGGCUUUUAAUCCAGCUCUGAUGGUGACGGGUUACCUGCAAUGAACUGAACUAAACUGAAGUCAAACCUUUUCAAUCAAACCGAUUAAGAAAUUGAGAGAGAAAAUGGGAUGGCUUUGUGUUUAGAGCUUACAAAUAUUGAUCCAACUCUACAACAGUCUGCCAGAGAAGGUGGAGUUAUGAUCUGAGAAAGCUAAACUCAUUAUACAAUAACACUGGAAGGAUUAUACGUUUGGAGUCAUUAUAGCCUUAUAUCCGCUCAGCAGCUCUCAGUCUUUUACUAUUAUUUAAAAUAAUGUGGCACAAAGCGUAGCACUGCAAACACUGAUCUAAAAAUCAAUACAAAUGUCUUACAAUAGUGUGUUUUCCUUUAAUUUGUGCAGG